AUGCUGACGGCCCCGCGCCUUUACCUGCUCGGAGAAGCGCUGGAAUUGAGCCUGGCGGGCGCCCACGGCCAUGGAGUGCACAAGAAAAAGCACAAGAGCACAAGAAAAAACACAAGGAAGAAACAUCAUCAGGAAGAGGAGGCUGGGCCAACGCAGCCGUCACCUGCUAAGCCCCAACUUAAACUCAAAAUCAAACUGGGUGGGCAGGUCCUGGGCACCAAGAGUGUUCCUACUUUCACUGUGAUCCCUGAGGGUCCUCGCUCACCCUCCCCCCUUAUGGUUGUGGACAAUGAAGAGGAACCUAUGGAAGGAGUCCCCCUUGAGCAGUACCGUGCCUGGCUGGAUGAAGACAGUAAUCUGUCCCCCUCCCCACUUCGGGACCUGUCAGGGGGCUUAGGAGGUCAAGAAGACGAGGAGGAACAGAGGUGGCUGGAUGCCCUGGAGAAGGGGGAGCUUGAUGACAAUGGAGAUCUCAAGAAGGAGAUCAACGAGCGGCUGCUCACUGCUCGACAGCGAGCUCUGCUGCAGAAGGCGCGGAGUCAGCCUUCCCCGAUGCUGCCGUACCUGUGGCUGCGGGCUGCCCGGCCCCGGCCCCUCACCGAGGAGAUGCUGCUGAAGCGCGCGGAGAGGCGCGCGAAAGAGACGGCUGCAGCGGGGCCCCGGCGGGCGGAGGAGCACAAGAACCAGACUAUCGAGCGUCUCACCAAGACUGCGGCGCCCAGCGGGCGGGGAGGCCGAGGGGCGGCGCGGGGCGUGCGACGGGGAGGGCGGACGUGGCCCCCCGGCCCAUGGGUGCGCAACAGCAGCGGGGCACAGGGUUCCACCCUUUCCUUCCCACCUGGCGUCCCCGCCCCCGCGCCAGUGUCUCAGCGGCCGUGCCCAUCUGGCCCUCCUCCUCGAUGCUCCGUCCCCGGCUGCCCACACCCGCGCCGCUACGCCUGCUCCCGCACGGGCCAGGCGCUCUGCAGCCUUCAGUGCUACCGCAUCAACCUGCAGAUGCGGCUUGGGGGACCCGAGGGCCCCGGAUCCCCCCUUUUUGGCUACUUAAGGCCCUGACCUAACCUGGACUCUGCGCCCUCUCCCCUGCCCCGUUUUCAUUAUUUUACCCCCCUUAUUAAAUUUCAUCCGAUGCCUCGA